UCGUACAGUACGGACGGACGGACAGGCGGCGGCGGCCAUAUUAUCAGUGAGGUGUCAGGUGUCAGUAUUUUCUGAACGUGACGGGAUUUUUGGGUGUGGAUCGCGCGAUUUCCUGUUUCGCCGGCUGUCGCGGGGUUAGUAGCGCGAGCGCCAGGCGGGCCGUCGUCGUGGAUGCGGUGCGGCACACACGUGUCACGGGAUCCUCGGGGUGCGUGCAAGCAGAGAAUCAGAGGGAUAGUUCCGCUGUUUAGUACGAGAGAACACAGCUGCCACGAUGCCGAAGUCGAUGAACGUGAGGGUGACGACGAUGGACGCGGAGUUGGAGUUCGCGAUCCAGCAAACGACCACCGGGAAGCAACUGUUUGACCAGGUCGUCAAGACGAUCGGGCUGCGCGAGGUGUGGUUCUUCGGCCUCCAGUACACCGACAAUAAGGGCGACCUCACCUGGAUUAAGCUCUACAAGAAGGUGAUGAACCAGGAAGUCAAGAAGGAGACUCCACUCCAGUUCAAGUUCCGUGCAAAAUUCUAUCCCGAAGACGUCGCCGAGGAACUGAUACAAGACAUUACACUGCGACUUUUUUACCUCCAGGUGAAGAACGCUAUUCUUACGGAUGAAAUAUACUGCCCACCGGAAACAUCCGUUCUAUUGGCUUCGUAUGCCGUUCAAGCGAGACAUGGAGAUUAUCAAAAGGGUAACCAUCCAGCUGGCUUCCUGGCAAACGAUCGGCUGUUACCACAGCGUGUUGUGGACCAACAUAAAAUGAGCAAAGAGGAAUGGGACAGUUCGAUUACAAACUGGUGGCAGGAACAUCGUGGUAUGUUGCGAGAGGACGCCAUGAUGGAGUAUCUGAAAAUUGCUCAGGACUUAGAGAUGUAUGGUGUGAAUUACUUUGAAAUUCGCAACAAGAAGGGCACAGACCUUUGGUUGGGUGUGGAUGCUUUAGGUUUGAACAUCUACGAGAAGGACGAUAAGCUCACGCCGAAAAUCGGCUUCCCCUGGUCCGAGAUACGGAAUAUCUCGUUCAACGAUAAGAAAUUCAUAAUCAAGCCAAUCGACAAGAAGGCACCGGACUUUGUAUUUUUCGCCGCCAGAGUUAAGAUUAACAAGCGAAUUCUUGCGCUAUGCAUGGGCAAUCACGAGCUUUACAUGCGCAGACGUAAGCCGGACACGAUCGACGUGCAGCAGAUGAAGGCUCAAGCCAGAGACGAAAAGAUGGCGAAACAGCAACAGAGAGAGAAACUGCAACUGGAGAUAGCCGCCCGAGAACGCGCGGAGAAGAAACAGCAGGAAUAUGAAGAGAGGCUAAGAAACAUGGCAGAGGAAAUGGAUAGGCGGCAGGCUGAGUUGAAUGAAGCUCAGGAAAUGAUUCGGCGCUUGGAGGAGCAGUUGAAGCAAUUGCAGGCUGCCAAGGAAGAACUAGAGAAUCGUCAGAAGGAAUUGACAGUGAUGAUGGAAAAGUUGGAACUCUCGCAUGAAAUGGAGGCUGCAGAACGUGCUAAACUCGAACAGGAGAUAAAAGCCAAGCAGGAAGAGGUACAACGCAUACAAUCGGAGGUGGAGGCUAAGGACUUGGAAGCCAGGAGAUUACAGGCUGAGUUCGAAGCCGCCAAGUAUAGACAAGAAGAAGCUGACAGGCAAUAUCAGGCCAAUCAAACCCCGCAUCAUCAUCAUGUUGAGGAGAACGAAGAAGGCGAGGAGGAAGGUGAAGACGAGGUUCCUCAAGGAGAUGUGACUAAGGACCUCGCGACCGACGAAUCAAUAAUCGAUCCUGUCGAAGAGCGACGCACUUUAGCAGAGAGAAACGAACGUCUCCAUGAUCAAUUAAAGGCAUUGAAGCAAGAUCUUGCCCAGUCACGCGAUGAGUCCAAGGAGACGGUGAUGGACAAGAUUCACAGGGAAAAUGUGCGCCAGGGCCGCGACAAAUACAAAACUCUUCGUGAGAUUCGUAAGGGCAACACCAAACGCCGUGUCGAUCAGUUCGAGAACAUGUAA